AUUUUUAAAAGCCGUCUAGCUUUUGAGCGAGUUCCUCCCGAUCAGCACUACUGUAGUCAAAGCCUGCCAAAAGGGGGGAAACGUAUAAAGCCCGUGCUAAAACUGCUGGGGGCAGACCAACACCGCAGAAUGGAUCAAGAAGGAGAAUCGAAUGAUCGAUUGAUCAUUCGAUUCUCCUUUGUGAACCAGUUGAACGUUCUUCUUGUUCGUCUUCAAAAUCCCACGAGCGAGCCUGUACCGGUUCUUGCAAUGUGUGACCAAAAACUAACACCGAGCAAACCGUAACCACCACCACCACCAUCUCCAGCAGCUUCCCGCUGGAUGAAUGAAUAGUGGAGGAGCAAGACCCAAGCAAGCAAGGGUGAGAUUCCGAGACAAUACUUCGUGACGCAGAAAGGAUCAUAAAAAUCAACGACAAAACAAACAACACAACAAACAACACAACACAAUGAUUUCCUCUAAUACCAUUUCUGUGCUUUUCUUCGCGUUGGCUGCUCUGUCUACAUCGGUUCAGGGUAACGGCAACAGUAAACUUGGAUAUGAAUGCUGGCAAGAAAUAAGGGCUUUGAACCAAAACCAAGAGCUUGAAGAUGCCUUUGAUGAUCUCCUAGUAGAUGAUCUGGAAGAUGACUAUGAUGAGAGUUGCAAAGACAAGAAAGUGUGGGACAUUGGUUGCUACAUGGACUUUAAGAAACAUCACGAGGCUUUCGAUGUUGCAUGUGACAAGGCAGGAGGAAAGAUCUAUGAUCAAAAUGUUGGUCUCAAUUGCAGCUAUACCAAGCUUCUCAAGUUCGAUAUGGAUAUCCCAUUGGGUAAGAUACCCAUCUGCCUGGGACAGUCCUGCAACGUCACAGAAUUCGUAGCCAGCGAUUUGGACAAGAAUAGACGUGUGCAAGAUUUCCUGGAAGAGCUCUCCUUUGACAACUGUGAAGGGACGUUGGAGUCUGGUGCCAUUAGCACCAUUAUGGGUGGUGCGCUACUAGCUACCAUUGCAAGUGUUGGCGUGCUCAUGUUGUAGACGCUGGUAGGAACAAUAGUAAUCAUACAUAUAGAAGAGAAAAGAG